AUGGCUGACGCAGAGAGUGUUGAAAAUAAUGUAGUAGUUGAAGAAAAGGCAGUUUUUGAUAAUAUAACAGCUAUCCAAAAGGUCAUAAAAAAUGCCUUAGUACAUGAUGGAUUGAAGAUUGGAAUAAGGGAAGUAAUAAAAUCAAUUGAAUCUAAAGAAGCCAAAGUCUGUUUUUUAUCAAAUGUGUGCUCCGAGCCUGCCUAUAAAAAAUUAGUUACUGCUUUAUGUGCAGAAAAACAAAUCCCAUUAUUUAUGAUUGAUAAUGAUAGUAAAGAUUUAGGACAAUGGUCUGGAUUAUUUAAAGUAGAUAAAGAAGGAAAUGCUAGAAAAAUUAUUGGAGCAAGUUCUGUUGCUGUUAUUGAUUUUGGUGAAGAAUCAGCUGAAAGAGAUUUCCUUAUGUCACAAAAACCAACAGCUGCAGCUGCCUGA